AUGGUCCACCAGUCGUCCAUCGUUUCCCCAAGCUCCGUCCCAAGUCAAAUCUUUUCGUCUGCAGAGACGCUCAGCAACAAACUACUCAGCGAUAAAACUUCGUCGAUUAUCGCUGCUUCGCUUACUGCAGUGCUUGCCCUUCUCAUCCUCGAGCAGACCGUCUAUCGCGCCAAGAAGGGCUCCCUCCCAGGCUCAAGAUGGACAAUCCCCAUCAUCGGAAAGUUUGCUAACUCGCUCCAUCCAACUCUCGAGGGCUACAAACGCCAAUGGGCCUCUGGAGAGCUCAGCGCACUCAGCGUGUUCCAUAUCUUUAUUGUCAUCGCCUCGACCAACGAGUACACCCGCAAGAUUCUCAACUCGCCCGCCUAUGCUGAACCAUGCCUCGUUGCCUCGGCUAAACAGGUCCUCUGUCCAGAAAACUGGGUGUUUUUGAAUGGCAAGGCACACGUCGACUAUCGUCGCACACUCAAUUCGCUCUUCACGCGCAAAGCACUCGCAGUCUACCUCGAGGUGCAAGACACCAUCACCCGUCACCAUUUUGCGCUCUGGCUCAAGACGGCCGAAGAGGUCAACCACAAGCCCCAGUCGAUCAUGCACACUGUUCGUUACUUGAACAUGCACACCUCGCUCCGCGUUUUUUGCGGGAAACAUAUCCCCGAAGAAGCCAUUACCAUCAUCAGCGACAACUAUUGGAAGAUUACGCUCGCCCUCGAAUUGGUCAAUUUCCCACUCGCCCUUCCUGGCACAAAAGUCUGGGGCGCCAUUCAAUCUCGCAAGAUUGCACUCGCUCAUCUCGAAAAUGCGGCAAAGUUGUGCAAAGAGUACAUUGCCGACGGUGGCGAGGUUCACUGCAUGAUGGAUCAAUGGGUCAAGGAUAUCCAAGAAGCAAAGGAAAAGGCCAUUAUGGAUGGAGGCAAGCUCCCUCGCGAAUUUGACGAUCACGAGAUGGGUCUCGUCAUCCUCAGUUUCCUCUUUGCCAGUCAAGAUGCCAUGAGCUCCGGUGUGAUCUACAUGUUCCAGCACUUGGCAGAUUAUCCAGAGAUUAUGGAAAAGGUUCGAGAAGAGCAAAGGCGCGUCCGUGGUGGUGAAUACUCCAAGCCAAUCACCCUCGAUAUGAUCGACAAUAUGCCCUACCUCCGCGCCGUCAUCAAGGAGAGUCUCAGGAUCAAGCCACCGGUCACAAUGGUUCCGUACAAGGCCACAAAGCCAUUCCCCAUCUCGUCGUUUUACACCGUCCCGGCAAAUAGCAUGGUCAUCCCUUCGCUCUACCCAUCGCUCCACGAUCCCAACGUCUACCCGAACCCAGACCAGUUCCUCCCCGAGCGAUGGCUGGACCCCGAGAGCAGCGCCAAUGCCAACCCGAAGAACUAUCUCGUCUUUGGCGCCGGUCCCCAUCGGUGCAUUGGCGUCGAGUAUACAAACAUUAACAUGGCGUGCGUCAUGGCCAAUGCCGUGUCGUUGAUGGAUUGGAGACACGAGAGGACGCCCGAUAGCGACGGUGUUCAGAUGAUUGCCACGCGAGGCGGACUGUCUCCGUCGUUGCCCACACCGCAGGACAUAUCCAUUUGGAAUCCUAAUGCCAUGUCUCAAUACAACAUCACAGAAUCUGUAACACCGUUCAACUUGCUCGGAGAAGCUGCCUUCUUCUGGGACCCAAGCCCCGUCGGCGGAAAGUCAAGCGGUAAUGAUACCCUGGGACCGACCUCGAUUGAUCAAGCAUGCCAAGGCAACUUGGGCGUGCCGUCGGAUCAGCUCGUGGUCGUCUCAGGAAAUCCAGAGGUCGCCGGGAGUGUUUUGGAGGCACAAGGCUCCAGUAGCCAACCCAGCGUCAAGGCACGGACGCAACGACCAAAAUGCUUUGUAUGCGGAAACUCGCAUAGUCGCCCUAUUCGUUAUCAAGAAUGCUUGUACAAGGCCAUUGGAUACCGUCCGUACGAGUGUGGCGGUGCAUGUGGCGUCGCUGGAUGGUGA